AUGAUGUUGCAGGUAUAUAGACCAGAAUGUGCCGGAUUCGCACGGUUCCUCGACGUCGAGCCUCGAUUUGCAUUCAUGUCGUUUCUGCCAUUCCCGUUUCAGCAUAUCGCGUCUUCAUCAGUGAUCUCAACUCACAUUUGAUCAGUGUUACUGUUCGCCAUUGCCAUGAAAGAUGGCUUUGCUGAGCAAAUAAUUACUGCUCGAUUUGUUACAACAACAACAAAUCCUGAAAGUGCUCAGCAAAAUGUGAUU